ACGUCCGAAGUGACGUAAAAUGCGCGCGACUUAAGCAGCAUGGCGUUGUUGGUGUUUUCUUUUUGAAGUUUCUGAUAGAUUUGAAGUAGAGGAGGCAGUAGCCGUACAGACAGCUGAGACAGAUAAUGGAGGCGAACAGCGACAGUGUUGGAAUAGACGUUGUCCUUCCAGAGGAGGGGAGAACAGCGCCCUGCUGUCCGCAUGGUCCUACUUUACUGUUCGAGAAGGUUGGCAAAGGAGGCAACAAUGGCAGGCGGUUUUAUGCAUGCUCAGCCUGUCGGGACAGGAAAGACUGCAGCUUCUUCCAGUGGGAAGAUGAAAAGGUGUCAGAAGCCAGGAUGCUGGCCAGAGAAGCAGAGAUGCAGUCAAAGAUGCCUGGUCUCACGCGGCAGGACUACUGUAACAGGUUUCUGAAGUAUGCCUCCCUGCCCCUUCAUGAAAAGAGGUUCUGUGAAGACUGUCAGAUUCUGCUCCUGCCUGCGGAGCACGGCGCUCAUUCUGCACACAGGACCGCGCCGGUCACCGCCGCCCAGCUGAGGAGGCCGAGCGUCCUGCUGCGUCCUCUUUACAACAAGAAAAGCAACGCCCAGUACCUGUUCACAGAUCGCAGCGCGCACUUCCUGCUGGACACCUUAGCUGGUCUGGGUUACAGAAAGGUGCUGUGCGUGGGGACACCUAGAUUGCAGGAACUGAUCAAGCUGAGAAACCUGGAGCAAAAACAGGAGCCAAUGCAGAGUCUGCUGUUGGACAUCGAUUUCAGGUACGCUCAGUUCUACAGUCUGGACGAGUUCUGUCACUACAACAUGUUCAACCAUCACUUCUUCGGAGGAGAGGCCUCCAGCGCCGUUCUGGACGCCUUCCUGAGGGAGCUCGAUGGGAAGAAGGUGAUAAUGGUGGCGGACCCUCCGUUCGGUGGACUGGUCAAACCUCUGGCCAACAGUUUCUCACUGAUAUCCCAGACAUGGAGGAAGCAGCAGAACCCCGGGGACUCUAAUGUUGACAUGCCCAUCAUUUGGAUCUUCCCCUACUUCUUUGAGCCUCGCAUCCUGGAGUGUCUCCCUUCACUCACCAUGUUGGACUACCAGGUGGACUAUGACAACCAUCCUCUGUAUAAACACGGGAAGACAGGCAGGAAGCAGUCUCCUGUCAGACUCUUCACUAAUAUUCCACCCAACCUUGUUGUUCUGCCCAAAGAGGAGGGCUACAGGUUUUGCUCCAUAUGCCAGAGACAUGUGUGCUCCCUGAACAAACACUGCAAUAAAUGCAAUCUUUGUCCAUCCAAGGAUGGCCGUGAAUGGAAGCACUGCUCGGCAUGCGGGAAAUGUGUGAAACCAUCCUGGAGACACUGCGUGUCCUGCGACCGCUGCGCCCUGCCGGACCACCCCUGCAGCCGCGCCCACCCAGAGGACGGCUGCUUCGGCUGCGGCAGCCUGGAGCACAAACGCAAAGCCUGCCCUCUCAGAGACGCUCGCAGGAGGAACAGUUACGGGCCCAAAGCCAAGAGACGGGGCGGGAAAGCUUUCCAGCAGCCACCAAAGCCCGAAGCCAAGAAGAAGUCUGGAGCAGCACGCAGAGCAAAGAAAAGAGCUCCGACUCUGUGAUUUCAUCUUGGUGUUGGCUACAUCUCAGUUUGUGGAUAUUAAGUGCACCCUCUUUUACCCCUGGGCUUUUAUAAAUCAGAACAUAAUGUAAUGAUCUGGUGUUUGGCAGGUUCAAACAGUAUUUAAACCUAACAGUGGGUGUGGAUAAAACCCACAAUAGACUAGAUAAAGCGGAGAGGAGAGCCAGAAUGGAAUGGCUGUGUGUGAAAACCUAAGUACACCCCAUAGGUGGCAGAGCCUCCUUCAGCAGCAAUAACUCAGCGCUGGUUUUCUGCCUCUCACAUCUUUGUGUGGGAUCUUUGGUCCACUCUGUUUUUCAUACAACACCUCUUCAGGUCAGUGAGGUUUGGACGCAGCUCUCUGAAGGUCCCGGCACAUUUCAGUCAGGUUGAUGUCUGGACUUUGACUAGACUGUUUCUACCUAAAUUCUUUUCCAACCAUUCUGUAGUAGAUUAGCUGCUAUGUUUGGGAUCAUUGUUCUCUUGAUGACCCAGUUUGGACCUUCAGUCUUCAGCUAUCGGACAGAUGGGCUAACAUUUGACUUUAAAGUAGAAGAGUUCAUGCUCCACCCAAAACAAGCAACAUACCCUGGUCCAGAUCACCACUCUUCCAAUAGCAUGCUUGACAGUUUGUGCUGAGAUGCUGUUUGUUUUUCCCACAAACAUGCAUUAAGGCCAGACGUCUCUACUUUACUCUCAUCUGUCCAAAGGACCAGUUGUUCCAGAAGCUUAAGCUGCACUGCUGUAGUCUUAAAGAGAAGAGACUAGGUCCUGGAGAACCUUCAAAACAGCCAUCUGCUUGUUCACUACAGUAAUUGCCCUAAAGUAAUGAUGUUGAACACUUGAACUCCAGAUGAUUUUUAUUAGGUUCUGAUAGAUAAAAUGGUAAAACUAAAAGAGGAUGCACUUUUCUUCAUCAAAAGUUUAAAGCUGACUGGCUGUUCAACUGUUUAUUGUUUGACUGCAAUAAAGAGACCAUAACAAAG